ACAGAUGGGAAAGAAGUCCAUAAAUACUGCGUCGACAUCCGUACAAGCACAUUGAUGAGAACUAUGCAUUACAGAUGUCAAACAUGGCAGAAGGUUGCGUUCAAGUCAAUCCGCCAUUCGUUGAGUUUAAAGACGUGCAAAUGGGCCAAGUUUACAAGGCUGCCAUCACGGCCACUAAUGCUGGUAGAACCAUGAAGGAAAUAUGGUUUGAAAGGCCCAAACUAAAGAUUUUCAAAUUCUCCGCACCCAGAGGUGCAAGGAAUGUAGCUCCAGGUUUAUCUGUGAGUGGCGUGCUGGAGUUCACCCCACAGAGGGAGGAGAAGAUCACAGACUGCAUCAACAUUCAUGUAGAUGUUGUGCAAACCAUCGAAGUGCCCGUCCGGGUUUUUCCGAGGGCUUGCUUCCUGUCUAUGGACUUGGAAUUAGACUUUGGCUUUCUUUCUGCAAGCGGUCAGAUGGUGAGUCGACAGAUUCCCAUAACCAAUCAAGGCUCAGCAUCAGGUGUGUUCCAUCUACAGCACAGUGGAGACACUUUUGUCAGACUCUCACCCUGCACUGGAGUCGUAGCGGCUGGUGCCACCAAGUGGCUUAAUGUUGAACUGCAUGCUGACAAACCCAGACACGUAAAUGAGAAAGCGAUGGUGAAGCUCCAAAACCAGCCUCCUGUAGUUCUCAGUAUUAGGGGUCAGGUGGUGGACCAGCGUCUUGAGAUCUUGGACACAAAGGGAGUCUCGCUGUCCUGUCUGUGGUUCGGACCCGUCUACUUUGGGACAUCUCGUGUGGAGCAUGUGGUCUUGAACAACAACGGACCCGACGCAUGUGACUGGGUUUGCCUGCUGAAGGGUUCAGCUGCUGGAACCGAACUAGGAGGAAACCUUGACAAGAGCACAGACGCCGCCCUGCUGGCCAGAAUCGAGCAGUGCAGCCAAGAUGCUGCCGUCCAAUGUUCCGUAUUGGAGUGUAUUCCAAACCAAGGGCACCUGGGAGCAUAUAAGAAAACUACUGUGGCAGUCCGCUUCAGUCCCAUUCCCCACAGAUUACAUCCCAAGAAGCGUGGUGACAAAGCAAGCCGGCAGGACUAUUGUCUUUUUCUGCACUUCGACACAGUUGGAAGUAAACAUGGCUUCACUCACCCAAACGGAAACAGCAUUGCCGAAUUAGCGGUGACAGGCUCGGGGCUGCCCGUGGCUGUGCUUCCAAGUCCGUCAGAUAGCUUUGACUUCUCCACUUGCAACGUGGGUCAUCGCGCGGAACGACUUUGCGUGCUGCAGAACCUGUGCCCCCAUCUUUCUGUCAACUUCCGCUUCCGGAGGUUAGCGCAUUUCGGCACUGAGCCCUCCUCCGGCACCAUCGCCCCUGGACAGCAUCAGGACAUAGUUUUGUAUUUCAGCGCACGGCAGCAGGGGAAGUUCCAAAUGUGUCAGAAACUUGAUGUGUUGGGAUAUGUCAUUCGCCGAGGGAGUAGAGGUACCAGUGAGGAUGACGCCGAGCUAAAGUUUGGCAGCUUCUACACCAUCGCUCUAUAUUUAUCAGCCAUCUGCAAACUUGAGAUGAUACCGCCUUCCCCUAAAUUAAAUCCUGGUAUCACACCAGAAGUGACCAAUCCCACUGGUUCACGUCCUCGCAUUCCGUCCACCGAGUUGUCCCGUUGCUGUGGCAUGGUGCGUGCUGCUGUGCUCAAUGCCUGCAAGACAACGUUCCACAUGCAUCGCAGAAGGAAGGGUCAAAAUUCACCUGGUGAGGUUUUUGUGGCUUUGCCAAAUGACCGAGCCAGCAGCAUCCGCCCGUCCUCACCACAAACACAAUACAGGACCAUCUUCACCGGAGUACACCGGUAUAGCUAUGUGGAUCCUGAGUACGGCUUUACUUGGAAGGAGUUGGCGCAAAGACAGAAACAUAGACAGAGUUACGCCGAUUUCAUCAGGCAACUCAGACAAGCACGCCUGCAGAAGAUGAAGACCAAACAGGAAGCACAGGAAGACGACUUUGGGAUUAUAUCCUCUCAAGGCCUUGUACCACCCAAGAUCCUCCUCAGUGACAUGGAGGCCAAACAGAAGUCCAAGAGCAGGCCAAAGCAUGCUUCCUUUGGCCGGUCCCAGGGCAUGAUGCCCAGCAUUGGGCAGGUGUCAGAGGAAUCGCAUGCAGUUCCAGCUUCGAGCCAGGAGGUGGCAGACUGUGACAGGGCAUUAACAGCUCAGGAGCUUUACCAGGUUGUCAUUGGCCCGGCACUGGUGGACUUCGGCGAAGUGUGUGUGGAGUCUGUGUGUGUGCAGAACCUGGAGCUGACCAAUCAUCUGUCAGUGUUUGUGAGGGUCCAGUUGGAGGUGGACUGCCCCGAGCUGCAAGGAUCAUCCCCACUGUCCCAUGUGUUGCCACCGGGGUCCCGUAACCGAAUACCGCUGACCUUUCAAGGCCACAGGCUGGGUGGUUUCUACAGACCUGUGUCCUACUCAGUGAAUCAGCAACAUCCUGGACAGAUUCUGGUCAAGGCCCAGGUUGUCCGAAAUUACCUGGAACUGUCCACCCACCUGCUGAUACUCGGUCCCACCCGGAACCUGCUGGCCUCAUCAGGCUACAGAAGCUGGAUUACCCUUCGAAACCCACGUAACCAAUCAGCUGAAUUCACAUGGUGCCCGAUUGUUCCAGAGAGCGGCAUCCUCUUCUCCAUUCGACCAGCCACAGGCACAGUGGAGGCAUACAGGGAACUAGAAUGUGAGGUGGUGUGGCACGCCUCUUUCUCGUCCCCUCACGAAGGAGACUUUGACCUCUAUGUCAUUGAUGGCAACAUUCAACGCCUUCACUGCAUUGCUGAGGUUGGAACCACGAGCAUCCAGCAAUCAGAGGACCGUCUGAUGUUUGAAAUGGUGCCUCUCAAUAUGCCUUCCAUCCGAACGGCAGUUUUACACAAUAAAGGACAUAACCAUGCCUACUACCGAGUACUUGAUGUGUGUCCUCUGCCGUGUAUGGUAGUGAGCCCGUGCGAGGGUGUGGUGCCAGGUCGAGGAAAGGCUGUCCUGAAGAUCCAGUUCAACCCCGACUCUGUCAUUAAGUUUGACACUCGCAUUGAGAUAGCUGUGAGGAACAUGAAGUCCAUUGAGUUCCGUGUGGGUGGAUCCGUGGAGGCUCCCAAUGUUGACAUCAGCGUGUCACUGUUCCAGUUCCACGGCAUCCAUGUUGGCUCUCAGAGAGUGGCACCCUUUACGCUGUCCAACCGCUCAUCUGCUGCUGCUCGGAUCACCUUCGACCUGUCGCAAUACCCAGACUUUACUCUACGGCUUCCUCGGUCCCCUGCAAAAAAGACGCUGACUCACGCUGUGAGUGUUCUGGAGCUUCAGGGUCACCAGACAGUCAGCUGUUCUCUUGUCAUGUCCCCUACUGAGCCGGCCGAGUACGACUUUUACCUGCCUUUGACGGUGAGUGGAAUGACGUGGCCUGUUGGUUCUCCACCGCCUUCCCCCUCGUCCGUCUCGACCUUUCUGUCAUCAGGAUGCAACAAAACCGUUGUGAGAGUGCUGCCUUGGUCCGUCAGCAUGAAAACACAACAGCCACGGAUCCAAGCCACAGUGCUGUGUGCACCACUGGAAUUGUCCCCGUCAAGUCUACAGUUCCUGGUGGGAGCUGUUACGCAACAGUCUCACUAUUACACAAAGACAUUGAAGCUGCAAGCGGCGUGCGAAGAGAGCAUCUCUUGGAUCAACAUCCAUGGGAAGAGCUUGCGCUGGCGGUUGGAGUGCAAUGAGAUGACGUCACCAAAGGACGCAGGAGAGGAGGGUCAGACUCGUCUGUUUGUGUUUCCUUCAUCGGGUUGCCUUGCACCCGGCCAGGACAUCUGCUUGGCAGUCAGCGUCAUGCCCGAGGUCACCACAACAUGCGCAGUGAAGAGACUUUCCCUCAGUUUCUACCUGGGAGACACCGAAAGCGAGAUGCGCGAGCCGUACAAAGAGCUGCCAAUCACAAUUGUCCGCCAGCUGCCCAAUGUCACCAUCACGCCCUCACAACUGCUCCUGACCCCAGUCCCCCUGGAAAGCAGCAUCACGGCCAGACUCAACCUACUGCUCUCAGGAUAUACCAGUGGAACCAGUUUAUCAGCUGAGGUGGAUGAGGUGGAACUCGUGGAUGGAACCAAAGUGCAGCCAAUCUGUGUCACCUUCCCAGAGGGUAACACCAUCCCCGCCCAGGACAAGACAGCCAGUGUGACUCCGAUGAUCUGCAGAGUGUCUUUCUUUUCUACGGUUUCUCUUUCCAUGUGCACAAGCAUCACCUUCACUGAUCACCUAAACAACAGGUUUAAGAUGAAGCUGUGUGCUACAAGUGACAACAGCCUGUUGACUGUGUGGCCCCAAAUGGCUCUUCAGCGCUCCAUGCAACAGAUAGUUCUUCGGGCCGGGGCCACAAUUAUUGAACCCAUCUCACAUCACACGCCGAGUCUCACAUCUGGCCCGACGUCAUCCUCCUCAAUGUUUGAACCCAGUGGCUCAACACUUAAGGACUCAUCAUCAGACUCCUUUCCACAAAGUGACAGCGGGAGUCAGGUCAGCAUCCAAAGUUGUCUGAACACAGACACCCCACGGACUGACAUUGGGCUCCCACAGUUCCCUCCAUCAACUUCAGCAGAGGGCCAAUAUUACCAGGACGUCUUAUUAGCACUGGAGAGGUGGUUCAGCCUCUUUGGCUGGCCGAGUGGGACACAUCCCAUCUCCAUACCGCAUACGCUCAGAAGAACGGUGUCCAAAGUUGAGCUGAGUGACACCGUCGGACUGACUAAACGUGUCAACAUAAGUAAAGACACCAGGUCCACAGUGGAGAUGAUUCAUUAUCUGGCCGGAAGACGGAUCCCCGAUGUUCCUCAUUGUCAGACCUUUUCCACAGAUAUAAACCGGCGUACUCAGCAGCUGCUUCACCAACAUGAGGUCAUACUCGCUUUUCUCAGAGUCGAGGGAGCGUGUUUAGGUCACAUCCGAGCUGAGUACCUACUUGAUGUACCUGAGUUCAACUACUGGUGCUCCUUGCAGGCUAAUGUGGAAGAACCUGGGGUGGACUACCGCAGUGUUAACUAUGAGUCUCUGAGCAAACGAUGCUGGACUGAAAUGCUGCUGCAGAUAUACAAGGUUUUGGUGUUGGCUCGUGUGUCGGAGAGCAGUCCAAACAUACAUCGGCAGAGAUGUUGUGCAGAUGACGACAGUAUCCUCAACAUUCACUCACUCCCCAGUAACCUCUACUCUCGCCAUGAGCUCCAGCUGCUCUCGUGGCUCAACCUGCACUAUCGGUGCAUGAGGGAUACAGUGUGGGCUUCAGGCUCUGUCCCACCAGUGCGCUGGAUUGUCAAUUUUGACUUGGACUUGACGGAUGGACUGGUGUUAGCCACUGCGCUCGCUGCCUACUGCCCAUACCUGAUUUUGAGCCACUUUCAGAGGAUGUACACGACAACUUCCACCCUGGAGCAGAUUCUGCACAACAACAUAAUUGUGAUCCAGGCCUUAACCACACUUUCUCUCAACAUGGAUCUGCAGCCCACAGAUUUGGCAGAUCCCAACCCUGUGCAAAUGUUGAUGCUGUGUGUGCAUUUAUAUGAGAGGCUACCACAGUACCGGCCUGUAAACACCAUCACUCUCUCUGGAAGCCUGCACAGCACUCUGAGCAAGCAGGUGCAGUUGAAAAACUCGUCUACUUGCGUUGUCAAAUACCGGGCAUUAUUUCUAGGAGGGGAUGCAUGUCUGUUUUCCCUGCCUGAUGGUUCUGCAGUCACCAUUCCUUCAGAGAAGAGCACUGAGCUGACAGUACAGCACUACUGCUCGUUCCUGCAGCCGAAGGAAGCUGUCCUUCUGCUCAUCUCACCCUCAGCAUCUGGCCGGCAUGGUGCCACUUUGGUCUUCAAUGUGAACACCCGCGUCGGACAAAUCAAACCCACAAAAAGUGUCAAAUGCAAGUCUCCAUGCUAUGCGCUUAAAGUGAUUAAACUGCCAAUCACAAACCCGUUCAAGAUAGAAGCUAACUUCAGGGUGAUGCUGGUGGAGUUGUCAGUCAACCCGCUGGAAUCGGAAAAGGAAAUGGACAGUCUCAUUCAACAGGCAUCUUCCAAAGCCAAGGAAUGGGAAGAUGGGAAGAUGACUUCAGAGACGAGCUGGCAGGAGGAGAUGGAAGGAAAGGGUUCGUUUGUACUAAGCACUUACUCUGUUGUUUUGCUACUUUACAUUCAAGCUAGCUUUGCAAUUAGCAUGGCUUUUUUGUCUCCUGCUGCUCUCUCUUGCUUGGUGUGUGGCUCGCUCAGCUAUUCCUCGUCCGCUUGUAAUGAUAAGGAUACAUACGAUGACGGUCGGGAGUUCCUCAGCACAGUGAGCAGCGUUAGUCUGAAACCGGGCCAGUCAGACAUAAUCAGCGUCCACUUCCUUCCUUUCUGUCCAGGAACCAAAUACUGCGCUGUGUUGCUCGUUUGCCCGCAGGUUGGUGAUGUGGUCUAUUUGGUGAAGGCAACAGCAGACUUGCCUCUACCUUCCCUUUUUAUAGUCAAGCCCAGUUCAAACAUCUUCACCAUCCCUGGUAACUCUGCAGGCACAGAUGGUUGUGUGUCAGUGCUGCGCCUGCGCUGCACCGUGGGCCAGAUGUGUGACGAGGUCAUCGGUCUGCCCCUGACCAAUACGGCCUGGGAAAACGGCCUGGCCAUUUGGGCGCAGCACAGGAUGAGCGCCACUGAAUUUCAGAGGCGGAUGCUGACGUACACUUUGCACAGCAGCACUGUGAGGACGAGCAUGGCAGCAUGUAUGCUUUCCAAAAAGCAGGUCCAACUGAGGGGUGUUGACCACAGUAAAGGCAUCGAAUACAGCGUGGAGGUUUCUUUGCCUCUGUACUUCAGUGUACCAAGCACUGUUACAAUUCCUCUAAAGAAAGAUGUCAACAUAUGGAAGAAUCCUACAGAUCAUGAAUGUGUGAAACUCCCCUUGCGCUUCAGAGCGGACUGUGUCGGCCAGUUUACAUGUAAGAUGGUUCUGAGGUCCUGCUUCGAUACCAGAGUCUACCUGAUGGAAGCGCUGGUUGCUUCACCGGGAGGAUCUGUCCACUUGGACUUUAGCUCACCUGCUCAGCAUUCAGUCACACAAGACAUACCUCUGCACAAUGAGACGCUUCAAGACUGGACCCUGCAUGCUCAGUUGGUCGGUAAAGGCUUCUAUGGCCCCCAGGUUUUGAUUGUACCAGCUGGGACAAGAACAUGUUACCCUCUGACUUUUCAUCCGUCUUCACAAUGCGUCGUCAUGGGCAAGCUGUCCUUGUAUAAUGACCGCAAUGGGAUUGAGCAAGUGUUUACUCUUCGAGGGGUGGGCGAGCGCCCCCUGCCUGUGGAUCAUGUGGUACUGCACUGCCCCGUGGGCAAGACCACCGUGACGGAACUGAGUGUCCCCAACUACAGUCAAACAAAACGGUCACUUAAGGUAGUUACAGACCUAUCAUUCGUAAGUGGCAAUUCAUCCCUGGAAGUUAAACCUGGCCAAAGCAGCAUGUACAUCAUGGCUGUGUCACCACGGAAACAAGGACAGCAAUCAGGUUGUGUAUCAUUCAUAGAGAGCGAUGACACGGAUGACACAGAGGUUGACAAAGGUGAUGUAGUUGGACGCUAUGAGGUGUUCUACACUCUGGAAAUCUUUUGUGAACCUGCAGCACCUGUGAGCACUUUCACUGUGCAAUGCACUGUUCAAAGGUCAGUCACCAUAGAGAUCCCCGUCACGAACCCAGGAGAAGAACUGCUCAUGCUAAACGUGGACCUGGAAGGAGACGACUUGCACGGAGCCUCCUGGGUUUCAGUCCCGCCGCAGGAGACACUCCCCUACAAAGUCAUGUUUUCUCCCGGCAGAAUAGGGAAGAGCACAGGCAGCGUGAUCUUUCAGUCUGAGUUGAGCGGAGAGUUUUGGUACCAGCUGGAGUUUUAUGCCAUUCCCUCCCCGGUUGUCACGCUGCCACAAGUGUGCUGUCAGUUGGGCAAAUGGACCAGCCAGUCCAUUCCUGUGGUCAACCCAACAGCAGACAAGUUGGAGCUGAUUGUAGCCAACAGUAACCCCAGGAACUAUACGCUGGAAGUGGACUCAGGAAGCACUUUUACUGUGGAGCCCCACUCCUCCACUCAGCUUGGGGUCCGCUUCACUCCAUCAUCCAUAGGAGAGGGUAACCAUGUCGCCAAGAUAACAUUCACAUGCCCUCAGAUGCAGCAAUGGUGUGUGUUGUUGUUUGGCCGCGGACUCAUGCCGGGCCGGGAGGAACCUCUGAGCAUCUCCUGCACAGCUGGUUCCAGCGAGUCCAUCACUAUUCCCUUCACAAACCCCACCGAGCACCCCGCUACGCUCUGCAUCACACUCACAGAAAAGGAUCCAAGUGGGGCGCCUGACUGCCGCCCGGUGACUCCUGACAAGGGCGUGUUCUCUCUGUCUUUGAGCCAUGCAGAAGGUAUACAGAUCAGUGGCGGGGGUAGUCUGGAUGUGCCGGUGGUGUUUGCGCCCAAGUCCAUGGACCCUCAACAGGCAUGGCUGCGCAUCACGAUGAAGCCCCUCAAUGUCACGACAAGACGAAAACGGUCAGGGCAGAAGCUGUCAACCAUCUGUUGGAUCUACCCUCUCUGUGGGAUUCCAGUGAAAGCGCUUGAUGACAACUCACCGCUCUGCGUGCUCCAGUGUGAAGCAGGCUGCCAGCUGGAGAAGGUGCUUGAUGUGUUGCUCACUGGAUGUGUGCCAGGAGCUCAGAAUCCAAGUGGAAAUGAAGUUUCCCCAGUGCUUGUCGAAGACUUCCAAUGUGAGGUGCGUUCAGACAGUGAAGAGGACUGCCUGUCUGCCUCCAUCGAAGCAGGGCGGAGGGAUCCCAAGACCGGUGUCGUAACGCUCACCAUGAAACUGAUCCACACCCCGGUCAAGAAAAGCAGGUACUCAGCACUCCUGGUGGUGCAGCAUGCGUCUGGACACAUUUGGGAGUUUCCCCUCGACGUGAUCGCCACCGAGCCUCGUGUCGAUGAUGUCAUUGUCACGGAAGCCACCGAGUUUGGUAAAACGUCAGCGGUGGGCUUCUACUUGACCAGCACCACCAGAAGGCCUGAGCCGUUCGUCGCAACAUUCCAGCCAGGCAGCAGCAGUGAGUUUGCUGUGACCCCCACCUCGGGAAUGUUGCCACCUGUUGAUUCGAGUGGUGCCCUCAUCAACGUGUUUUUCACCCCCGCCGUCGACAAUAAGAGACACAGCGCCAGACUUGGCAUCAAGGCGUCAGGCAUGCAGUGGACGUAUUACAUCAGAGGCAUAACCCCGCCCCUCAGUGCCUUGCCCUCCAAUGUUCGCAGUCCGGUACAAACGACCGGCCGGACCAACUUUGUAGCAAGGAAUCUACGUGUCCCGGCACUGGCCAAUUCAGCUCCGCUGAAAGCCCGCAGAUAAUUAAUCUCCUCCUUGAUUCCAACAUGGCUCAUCAGGACUCCAUAUCGACCAUUUCAACCUGCUGGGCCUCGGUUUUUUUGCUGCUGUGGUAACUGCUAUGCUAUGCUAUGCUUGCUAUGCUUGUAUCAGUAUAUACAUGCUAUACAUCCAUGGAACUGGAAAACACUCAUUUUCAAUGAAACGUCCUCUGACUUAACCUUUUAUUAGUACCAACUUCGGUCUUUGCGGUCUUUUUUUCCCCAUUUUUGCUUUUUUUUAAAAAAAAAAAAAAAAAACACAAACAUUUACAAACAUUUCAACUUUUUUCUUAAAUAAUCCACCUAAAUUUUUUUUUUGUAAUAUUAUGACUUUAUUUCCAUAAUAUUUUGACAUUAUUCCUAUAAUAUUAUAACUUUCCCCCAACCUAAUUUUCCAAAAAUUACAACUGUAUUUUGUAUUGAUUCUCAUUAUUAUAUAUUAUUUUAAAAAAUAAUUAUUUUCUUCAAUAUUUCAACUCUAAGCUACUAAAAUGACAGUAUUUUUCUUCAUAAUAUUAUGAGUUUAUUGUCAUGAAAUUUAAACUUUUGUUUGGCGUAAAUAUGACUUUUUCUCUCUUUUAAUAUUUUGAUUUUUUUUCUUGGAAAAUUACAGCUGAUUUUUACAUUUUUGCUUGUGUUUUUUAAAAUGUUCCCACUAUUCCAACUUUCUUCUUCUUCUGACUUAAUUCCCAAAAUAAUUUGACUUUAUUCCCAUACUAGAACUUUUUCUCCAACCUAACUUUACAAAAAUCACAACCCUCUUUUGUUUGUUUCUCAUAAUAAUACGACUUUAAAAAAUGACAUACGCUUUCUUCUAUAUUCAACUCUGUGCUACUAAAAUGACUAAAAUAUGACAAGUUUAUUUUCUUAACAUUUAGACCUGAGAAUAUUAAUCGAAUAUGACUUUUUUCCCUUGUAAUAUUUAGCCUCAAUUCUUGUAAAAUUACUGCUGAUUUUCCUAUUUUUGCUGUUGUUUGUUUUUUAA